UUAAGACCCACACGAAAGCAACCCGCGAAGUGCGAAGUAAGUGUCUACUUGUAAUUGUUAUUUGUAAUUAUCCUUGCAUUAUUGCUUUUACUAUCAAAUAUACGGUUUCUCACUCACAAACAUAUAUAUGUCAUAAAUGUUACGGCUUUGAUUGACUUUAACGUUUGCUCCUUAUCUGCUAAUGUUCUGAAAGGUAACCUGAAUUACUGUUAAUAUCAGCCCCAAAUGGUCAGUCCGAAGUGAUUUUUCUGAACCUUUGUCGCUCUCAUCACCAACAUAAGAACUGUUCUACGUGUGGUUUAAGUGUGCUGCAGCAUGGGGGUUGAUGACAAUGAGCCUGGUGACCCUACGAAAUAUAUAGUUGGGGAUAAACAAAAUGAAUGUAGCGAUAGCAAAAUUUCAACACCUCCUUGUCAACCUUCAGAUGAAAUACAACCAUCACAUAGUUACAAUGAUGUAUCUUCAGCAUGUUGUGUCUUCUGUGGAAUAAGUGAACAUUUAAAUCUCGGGCAAGGUGAACUGAUUCGGUUCCAUACAAAGCUUGAAUACUCCGAACCUCCUGCAUGGUACAAAGAUCAUGUUAGCAAAGUAAAGCUGAGGCAAGAAAGGUGUACUAAUAUUUUGGUGACAAAUCGUUUGACACAUACAAAUCGGCGAAAUCAACAUAGUAGAGUGGUUAUAGCCACCUGCUCAACUCUACCUACUGACUCAAACGCCUGUAAAGUGGGUCCCCACUUAUCUCUUGAUGGGAGUCAACGAGGCCAGAACAAAAAUUCUUUCGGUUAUGACUGUAAACCUUGGCUUUCGGGAAUGCCCACGCCAUUUUUUGACUGUUACGGUCGACCAUUUGGUCUAGUGGAAGAGUUGAAUUAUGUUGGCUGGCCUGCUGCUGUAACUGGUAGUGAAUGUCUACAGCUUAGUAAUUUGAUUGUCAAGUGUACCCCUCGUGAAGGUGAAGAAGGUGGUUGGAUUUAUGCACACCAUUGUUGUGCAUCAUGGUCGAACGGUGUCCAUUUCAACGAACAGAUGGUUCUUGAAGGUGUCGAGGAUGCAGCAAAUAUUGCAUUGUCCCAGAGUUGUUCACUUUGUCUCCGGAAUGGAGCAAGUAUAUCUUGUCGUGUUAGUGGAUGCAACUCAGUCUUUCAUUUCUUAUGUGCAGCAGGAGCUGGUUGUCUGCAGGAUAUUGAAACGUUAGAGUUACUAUGUCCAGUACAUAUUUCAGAAUCUGCCACGUCGAACUGUGCUUCAGUGCAAUGUAUUCUGUGCGAGUCCCUGGGUGAUUUGACCGAACUUUUAUUUUGUACUAGUUGUGGUAGCCAUUAUCACGCUUCCUGCUUAGAACCACCUCUUCAGCCAAGCCCUACAAUUCGCAUUGGAUGGCAAUGUGCGGAGUGUAAGACCUGUUUGAUAUGCAAUGAAAGUAAAGAUGAAAACAAAAUGUUGGUGUGUGACAUAUGUGACAAGGGUUACCAUACUUAUUGUUUAAAGCCUCCUGUUUCAAGUAUUCCUAAGAAUGGAUUCCGAUGUGAACGAUGUCGUGUUUGCUCUGAUUGUGGAGGUGGGCGUGUUUCUGCUACAAGUGGACUAGAAGGACCUGUACCCUUCAACAAUGAAUUGAAUCCAAAUAUCCGUUGGCACAUCAACUAUACCUUAUGUGACCGUUGUUUUCAUACGCAUAAACGCCCCAAUUCAUGUUGUCCGGUAUGCGAAAGGGCUUGGCGGUGCUCAUUACCCUUACCUGAAAAUUCUAUUGGAAAUUCUAAUAGUACUUUCCUAGUUUGGCCUGGAAAAAAAUGUGUUCAGUGUUCUCGUAUGGUUCAUGCAGAGUGUGAUCCGUCUUCUAAUCAGACUACAGUUUCACCGUUAUCUGCUACUAGUGAAGAGACAAAUGGAACUUGUGGGUUGAAUUAUGUCUGUCCUGUUUGUCGGGCUCGUGGAUCAACGACACCAAGCGAGGUUGCUUCAACUACCGCAUCUUUCCGAGCGAGUCCAGUUCCCGGAGGCGGUAACAGCAGUAACAGUUGUGGGGACAUGAUUGAUGAUGCUUUCGCACAAGGCGGCAGAGAAUUAUUAGAUGAUAAUGCUCGUCAAUGUGUUUCGUCAGGUUCUCUUUGUCCUGGAGCUAAUGGAAGUACAUGGGUGAAUACACCGUCUAGUUCAACAUCGAAUUCAACAACUCCAAACACUGAACCAGGGAAACAACAGAUACAGUUAACUAAUCAAGAUUUUCCAGGAUCUCCACGAAUUCAUUCUAAAGUGACUUCUAAUAACAGUAAACAAUCUGUAACAAGUUCUACAACUAGUCGGUCCACAUUAGAUCAAUCUUCUAGUAGUAGUAAUAGUACUGGACGUAGACGAGGAAGUAAUCAAGCUAACGACUCCAAUUCAACUAAAACAAAUUCAGCAACUCGGUCGAACAGUACCAAUGCUCAAACACCUACAACGACUACAAAAACUGGUGCAUUGAAAAGGACGAACACAUCAGCAACUUCAAAUAGUGUUAACAGAUCCAGGCGUACAAAAACUCGGAAAAUGACAACGUAUGAAUCAAAAACACCUGACGAGAAAGAUGAUCAUCCUAGUACUGUAGUUUUUUGUCGCUCCGAUGAUAAAUUCAUGCUGGAACAGGAUAUUUGUAUUGCGUGCGGAUCAAUUGGUUUGGAUACUCCACUUCUGGCUUGUUCACAGUGUGGUCAAUGCUAUCAUUCCUUCUGCGCAGAUGUCCCUAAAAUAACUCGAACUAUGAUUGAAAGAGGUUGGCGAUGUUUAGAUUGUACAGUAUGUGAAGGUUGUGGGGGAACUUCAAACGAAAGCCUUUUACUCUUGUGCGAUGAUUGUGAUAUCAGUUUUCAUACUUAUUGCUUGGAUCCUCCAUUAAAAGAAGUACCAAAAGGUGGUUGGAAAUGUGCCGAUUGUGUUGUGUGUACUAACUGUGGUCAACGGGAUCCAGGUGUAAAUGGAAAAUGGCAUGCUAAUUAUUCAAUAUGUGCACCAUGCGCAUCACUUACUACUUGUCCUGUUUGUAAUCUAGCCUAUCGUGAAGAAGAAUUACUCAUUCGAUGUGCUUUAUGUACUCGAUGGGCUCAUGCUAACUGUGAUCAGUUGCGUACUGAAGAUGAAUUAGAAUUAGCUACGGAUUUAGGCUACAAUUGUCUUCUUUGUCGUGAUUUGGGUGCUGAAAUAGGAGCAGGACAUGCUCAGGUAUUGGCUUAUAGACAGGCGGCUAAUGGUAAUCUUAGUGCUUUAGAAAACUUAAAGUUUGGUGAAAUUACUGAAAAUCUGUUCACUGAUAAACUACCUUCACUGUUUCCAUAUUCUGCUUAUAUGGCUGGUUUAACACGUUCACAAGCAGAUGAAGACAAUAGCUUAAAUGAUACUCGUCAAUUUUUCAUGGAUGGUGUUGUUCUCAGUGAAAGUGGGUUAAAUACCAUUAAACAAGCUUUACUGAAAAGUCAACCUAAACGACAUUCAAAUCAAAGACGUCUUUCCGACCAACAGAAUCAGUUGAACACUGAUAAUGGAUCUUGUUCUUUAGGCGAUAGUACACCUGUUGAAUUAACUCCUUGUGCACCGCAUGGACAGUUUGACGAAGAUGCUUCUUUACAUUCUGGAGUUGAUGCUGAAAACGACUUAUCGAAUUAUCCGGAUUGGAAGUCACCUAGUUUACAAUCAGAAGAGGAUGGCAAUAGUUCAGUUCAAGAUAGUACACGUACAUCGAUGUGUAUCAGUCGUACCAGUUCGUCUGGUUCUGUAUCAGCAAACGGUAAAAUUACAACAAACAAUUCGAAAAAUAGUCGAUAUUUGAAAAAUUUGGGUAUUGGCGGAUUUCGAGCAAAACCAAGUCGUGCACAGCAAGCGAAAAAACUUCAACUCGCGGCAUCAUCUGAUCCUUUUGUUGGCCCACCAGCGUCAGAUAAUAAACGUCGACGCCAAAACAAAAAGAAAUCUCAGUUGGAAGAUAGUUAUCCUGACUAUUUAAUGAAAGCUUUCUAUGGUGCUAGCCUACUUCUAGUCAAAAGAAAACCACUAAGAAAAAAGAGAAAUCGUCUUCGUCCAGGUGGAUCCGAUUCCGUUGUUGGAGCCAAGCAAUAUAAAGGGGGAUUUUCUCCUUCAUUUCGUCCUUCAAAACAGACAAAAAGCGGUGUAAAUGUAAAGAAAAGUAAUGCUGCCCGCCUUGGGAAUCGAACUAAGUCGGAAGACUCGGGUCUCGAUACAGAAUGGAUAGAAUCAGGAUCGAAAGAUGGAGAAUUUGACAAUGCCACCGAAGAACUUGAUGAGGAAGACGACAUCGAUGACGGGGAUGAAGAAUAUGAUGAAGAUGAUGAUGUGGAUGGCGAUUUAUGUGAUUUCGAUGAACUGAAAGACAUUGAAGAUGAAAUGGACAAUGAAGCUUUGGAUCUGGAGGAGGAUGAAGACUUAUCAGCUACACUGAACUCUGCUACUCACCAGUUAACUGAAAGAGUUUCUGAAAUAAAAAUGGCUGAAAGUUCAGCAGAUUCAGAUAUAAUAAAAACACGAUCGGACACCACACUAGCGGAUAGUUUGGAUACUAAUGUGUCUCGAGAGUCUUUUGCGUUGAACUACACUAGUAGUAGUAGUCAAGCUCCAUCUACCAAACCUCAGCCUUCGGUUAAUUCCACUGUUCGUGAUAACUACCAGAUAUCUUCAACGAGUGCUGGUCACCUAAGUCCGAAAUCACAAAACUUGGUUACUCCACUCGAUCCUUCCACUGAACUUGGGUCUAAUCAGUCAAGUCGUACUCCAGGUGUGCUGCACUGUUCGGAUAAGGAACUUGAACAACAUGUUAACUUGUCAUCUACCCAUUUACCUCAGGAGCAAUCAUCUGAUUUAUCUGUAACUACCAGCGUAGCAGGACCAAGUGUGAAUUCGAUUCCACAAGCUGCCACUCCAGCAGGCUUAAAUGAAGCUGCUGAUCUUAUGUUCAUGGAUGAUUAUUUGUUUGGAUUUGGAGACUUGGCUUCUACAGAAGAAACUGAUUUAAAUGAUAUUACACCACAACAAGUGUCUACAGAUCAUGUUGUAACAAAUCAACUUCAAAAUCCUAAUCAUUUACCAGUGGGGCAACCAUCGAAGAAUUCAUUGAAACCGUCAGCCUCAACUGAUGAAAGCCCUGUUCAUGUAUCAUUUAUUCACUCUCAGAAUAAUAAUCAGCAUUCUCAACCAAUGGAAAGUUUUCCAAACUCUGAAAAAGUUGUCUAUCAGUCUGAAGUUGCAGAGUCUGUAAGAAUAAAAGAGCCUACUAAUUCGGAAGGAGGAACGUGUUUAAAGCAAUUUGUUGCUCAACAAGAUUUAAUAAAUCCACCGUUUGAUAAUCACAGUCAACAGCAGCAUCACCAUACCUCUGUCAAUAAAUCUCUCUAUGAGAAGGCAGAAUAUAAUUAUCCAUCUUCUGUCUAUUCUCAAGUCAUGGAAGAUCAACAUCCAAGUAAUGUUCAGCGUAAUUUAAUUACAGAAACACCGCAGUCACAUCUGCUUAGUCAAGAGCAACAGGUUCGUAAAACGGCAUCUCAUAUAAUUAACGAUCCUCCUGAUGCUUCAUUGGAUCAGUUGGCUAAUUCUACUGAUGUAUACCACCCUAAUAGUGCAGUUAUGGGUUCAUAUAAUUUAUCUUCCCGGGAAACACCCAGUAACCAUGAUCCUGUUCCCUCAAGAAAUGUCCCUGUACCUCAUCCUCGUCAUUGUGUUAAUACUCUAACAGGUAAUCUACCUGAAUUAUCUGUUAGUGACAUUGAAACACAGCUUGGACCCUCUACAGGUUUUGAGCUUAGUGAACCGACUCUAGCUGAUGAUAGUCCAAAAUCAAUAAUACAAAAUACUGUUUUCAAUAAUGAUUUGAGUACAACACCUCCACCGUCUGAGAUGUCUGUUCAACGUAUACCACAACAACGCCAAAAUAUAAUCCAUUCAAAUCCUGAUCCAAUUAGACAACCGUAUUCUCAUCGGCCGGUGGUAGAACAAUGUUUAGAAUAUCAAUCAAGCAAUCAACCAGUCAAUAUUCAACAACAUCAAAUAUCUCGUUCUUCUCUUGUUACAGUUCCUAUUCCUCAGAAUCAGGUUCGACCGAUGCAACAGCAGCAGCAACAACAACAUGUUGAUUCCCAAGGUGGUCGAGUACAAAUUCGAGGUUCACAACCAUCCUACUUCUAUGCUCAUGUUGUUCCCGUUCCUGGACGUGUGUUGACUCAGUCUCAAAAGCAACAACCAGCACCACCACCACCACCAUCAGCACCACCGCACCAACAAAUUCAACGUCAGUCUAAUUCACCUAUAGUUUUACAAAGUCCAAUUCCUCAACCAGGCCCACAACAACAACAGCAACAUCAGCAACAGCAACAACAACAUCUUUCAGUGGUUGGUGGACAUGGAAAAUUCAUCUCUCAACCUUUACAACCUAAAUCACCUAACACAAUGACUCCUCCACCUCCACCACCAUAUCCUUCUCAAGUGAUAAGACCUGGAAUGUGGCAACAACAGCAGCAACAACAACAGUCUCAUUCACGUUUGAUUUCUACAUCCAAUCAAGGUGCUAUUAUGCUUUCUCCUACUGGACAGUGUCUAGUUCCACAAGCAUCGAAUUCAACCCAACUACUUAUGUCAUCGCCACAAUCCAAUGUUACUAUGGAUACUCAACAUAUUAUUCCAGUGUGUUGUCAACAAAACACUCCAGUUGAAUAUAUACAACGUUCGUGUGUAUCACAUCCUGUGCAUGGUUCCAGUGGACUUCAGCGUACCCCUCCAACACAACAGCAAAUGAUUGUACAUGGACAGAAUACAUUACACAACAAUCAACCUGUACAUGUUUAUCAAACUGAGCAUAUCACUUCACCUAAUUCUCGACAAUUUACAAAUCAUCCGAAUUCAUUAUCUCCGCAUGCUACUACAUCUGGUGUUCUACGCUUUAACAGUGGUUCUGAAGAAGUUAUCUUAAGAUGUUCUACUGAAUUACAGAGUCCUUGUAAUAUGCCUAAUCCUAACUUAAUGAGGUCACCCACCAUUGAUGGGAACACUCAUCAUGUUUUAAAUCGUUCAAAUCAACAAAACAUUCUGCCCUGUACAGUGUCGAACAAUUCACAAGUAUGUCUGUCUAGUUCGAAUUCUAAUACCUCGGGUUCGGCUAGUAGACGAAUUAAUUAUCAUAAAUGGGAAGAAGAUGAACGUUUAGGUGGUCAGUCGACUAUUGCUCCAGUAUUGCACGCAAAUAUAUCACAUCCUACAUUACGCGGUCAAUAUCCAGAAUUUACUGUUCGUGCUAAAGAAAUAAGUAAACUCUGGCGUCGACUUUCUAGUGAAGAACGUGGAACUUGGGUGAUACAAGCUCGUAACAAUCGAACAACAUUACGUUCAAAUCAAACUCAUAUUCCUACAACUAUGGCUUCAGGAGGGACAGUUAACACAAUAUCACCUACACAACCAUACUGUCAAUCUAAUACAUUGGCAGAUCAAACGGUCUCUUUGCAGUCUGGAUCAGAUUUGUCUUAUAGCUUAGAAUCUCCUUCAACUUACAAUCAUCCUCAAAAUCGUACACCUCAUCAUAUGCAGUCUGAACACCAAGGGGUUGCACAUUCUCCACAACAGAAUCUUCUUCAUCAUCAUCACCCUCAUCACCAUCAACAACACCAGCAACAGUUGCCGAGUCAAUCAUCUCAGCAACAACUACAGAGUCAACAACAACAGCAUGUUAUUCAGACGAAAGAAUUGCAUAGUUCACUAACUACUGAAUCUUCAAAUGGUAGCUAUAUUCAGGAACGUAAUAUACCAUCUCAUACACCUUCAACUUCUAGCAUUGUCGAUCCCACUGUUCCUUAUCAUCCUUCCAUGUGCAAUCAAACUUUAACCAAGGCACCUUCAAAUCAGAGUUUGUCGUUCUCCAAUAGUGACCUGAAUACAUCUGGUGGUAGUAUACCAGCUCACCAAAACUCCCAACAAGUGCCAGGAUUAGCAACUCAGUCUCCUGGAUCUUCAUAUUUGGCGUCACCGGUUAACUCUAGACCUCCAUCUCGUCAUCAGACUUCGUUACCGCCACCUCCUCCGAUCUGGCCUCCAUCUGGAAAUGUGAAUUCAGCGAACACUGGUUCUGCUGGCGUAAAUUCACCUAGUAAUUUAAAACAGCCAACUCCACCACCUGCUUGUUCUUCAGUGUCUCCUGCACCAAUAAGAUCCCCUGCAUCAAUACAUGCUCCAACUCCAACUUCUUUUCAUGCUCCGCAUCCAUAUCCACCUCAUGGUACAAGUUCAUUAACAAGUCCAGCACAGUCACCUGUUCCUCCUCAAUCUCCUUCAAAUAUUAACCAGUUGAUGAGGAAUAACAACACGGGGACUGUUACACCUAUGCCAUCACCACAUCUUUCGCCUGUGUCUCAGUCUCAUCAUACGAAUUUGCCUAGCAGCCAUCACAUUUCAUCUCAGUCUUCGGUCCCUUCAGAAAGUCCAGGCGGUCGACAACAGGUACAUUCGUUUGCUGCUUCGCAUCCUGCUACUCCAGGUACACCUAACAGUCAGCAGUGUGCUCCAGGAAACACAUUUUCAGCCCCUGCUACUCCUGGAACAGGAUCAUCCCCUGGUAAUGUUGGUGUACUAUGUCAUUCUGUUCCAACAAAUCCAGGUAAUGUUUUUGUUGCCGGUAGUAGUUCAGGAAUACAUAAUGGUAGAAUGCCUUUAGAGGAUGCUUCACAGACUGUUCCUCCAUCAAAUAUCCUUUCCCAGUCUUCAAACACUGAACAUAUAUCGUCUUCAGUAGCAGUGAUUGUUGAUCAAGGCUCAUCAUUAAAUUCCUAUUCUGGUUCUCAUCCACAGUCUCAUGCACAGCAAAGCAAUUAUUCUGGUACAGAUUUGGAACGCCAGCGUCUUAAAGAAAUUUUAGCUAAGCAAGUACAUCAACGUCAAGUUCAACAUCAACACAAUCAGCAGCUUAUGCAACAACAACAACAACAUCAGCAGCAACAACAACAGCAUCACCAUCAACAGCAGCAACAACAACUCCAUCUUAUUCAACAGGAGCAGGAACAUGUAAUGCCUCGUCACCCUCAUGCUCAAUCCAAUGUGGGACCGCAAAGCGGUUCAUGUUCAGGACUUGUUUACUCAUCUUUUAAUCAGUCUAGUAACGUUGUUCACCAACAACUUAAUGAAUCACACGGGCAGUCAUAUAAUAACUAUAUUAGUAAUCCUGUAUGGCAACAGCAUCCUGCUGCAGUCCAUGAUCCGUAUCAUUCCAUAUCACCACAAAGUCAAACUCACCAUCACCACCAACAGCAACAGCAGCAACAACCAAUGAGACAUGGUUAUUUUGCACAACAGGUUCCUGCACAGCAUCCAACAAUGUAUUAUCAACAAUCUCAAAAUAGACCAGCGCCUAUCUCACCUGGUGGGUCAAGAGUCUUGACGUCGGUUACCCCUGGUGCUUCUUCAAUGAACCAACCAGUUUCUGGUCAGUACGUCUCGGCUACUAAUCCAUCUGUUCAAAGUGAUUAUGUUGGUGCUCAAAGUACUCCUAUACCUAAGGCAUCAAGAAUGCCGUACACAGAUAUGUCUGAGAUGGGAAAUCCACAUCAAGUGCUCGGUGAACCUGCUGCACCCAAUUAUGGAAUGAAUAACCAAAAUAUGAUGGGUACCAGCCGCAGUAAUCAACAGGUAAUGCACCCCAAUCCUAUGCAGGUUUAUCGUAGCAAUACUUCUCAGCGGAAUGAUCAUCCUACACCAGUGAAUCCUUAUCGUCAUACGGAUAUUAUUACUUCAUCUUCUCUGGGAUCAAUAGAUAAUUCAAUGAUUUCAGACAUACCUCGGACACCAUCUGUUGCUGGUCUUGAAGAAAUUGGAUUUGAGCCGCCUAUAAUAGUCAGCCGUCUUGCAGCUAAAGAAAAACGAUACGCUCCAGCUACCAGUAUGAAUUUACUUACAACGUCUACCUAUCAAAAUGAUCAAAUCGUUGAUCAACAACGUUUUGACAACGCUGGCAAUUCAAGUGCUACUCCACUUGGUGGAAGUAGUAGUAGUGAUACUACAAAUUUUCUAUAUAGAACAAAUUCUGAAGCCGCAUCAAGAACACAAUCGAACCCAUUAAACACAUCUCCAACCACUUGUAUAUCAAGCACUCCAGUAUCCGUUUCAUCUAGCCUGGAUACUAUUACUGCGACUACAACUCAUUUGGAUGAAGUAAUAGCUCAUGUUGUAUCUGAUGCUGCAGCUUAUGCUGAUAAUUCUAAACAUACUGUAACCGAAAUUCACCCUUCUUCGUUGUCGUCUUCUUCUUCUAAUAAUAAUAAUACUUCUCAAUGUUUUGGCUCUUUGCCGCAUUCUUCAGCACCUGCUCAUUAUAAUACUACUUCAUCGAAUAUUGUGUGGUCUAAUUCUAAUCGUUAUAUCAUCAAUACUGGAACAACAACUGCACCAUUUCGUACUCCUUAUUCUGAUAGUCAACAAUUUUCUAGUGUAUCAAAAUCAUCCUAUUUUGAAAAUGUGCCUAUAUCUUCUUUAUCAAGUAGCUGUUCAAUUGACAAUAAUAAUAAUAAUAAUAACUCUACACAAUUAAUGCCAUGUCUGCCUUCUUCACAAUCAUUGAGUUUAUCUGAAUCACAAAUGCAAUUACAUCAUGGCGAACAUCAACAUCAUCAUCAUCAAUAUUAACCAACAGACAGCCACAGUUUCACAACAAUUUCACUUCUACUUUUUUUUCUCAUGAAGUAUAAUUUGAAUCUCGAACACACAUACUAUCACACAAUGUUCAAUAAUUUUAGCAAGGAAUAAAUUUGUCCAAUUUCAAAAAAACUGUUGAUCUACGUAAACUGUAAUGUAACGUAUUCGUUAGUGAUGCAUCGUAUUCUGUCAAUUAUCCUGUGAAUCCACGGAUGCAUUAGUUAACACGCACACACACAUACGCAUACACAAGGAUGUUUGUUUGUGAGUGGUAAUACUAUUAUUGCUGAUGUGUACCUUAAAAAACUCGUCAUUUGUGACUGUCGUUUGACUUGACCCUUACUCCAUCAAGAAAAAAAAUCAUAGCCUGUUGCCUUUUUCAUCAAUCAUCCAUUAUUGAUAAAAUACUUCAACAAUACCCAAUACCAACUCCUGUUCUCCCUGGCUUUAUUGCUCAAAUGAUAACUUCCUACAUAGUUUUAUAAUUAAUAACAUUCUUUUUGUGUUUUUUUGAGUGGAUAUACAAGGCAAGCAUAUAUAUUCUUUGCAUAUUUUUUAUUUGUUCCCUGCAUACACACACACACACACACGCAAACAUCUUUAUUUCUUCAAUAUAACUUUUAACUUUUGAUUGUUAUCAUGUCAACUGGGGUUUAUCGUUAAACAGUUUAAUAUUUCGCCUACAGCUAACUAAAAUACACCUUCCUUCACACACAUUCACACACCCACACACACACGCAAGCAUACUUAUUUGCACAUUGAUUAAAAAUUUCUUUUGUUCAUUUGUUUUCAUUUAAUAUUUUUCCGUUUAUUUGUCUGUUUGUUUGUUUAUUUAUUUAUUAGCUGAAUUAAAUAAACGUGGUGUUCUACUGUUUUCAUGCGAAUUCCUACAAGAAGGGAAUUCAUUUAGGUAUUUGUGCAUAUAUAUAUAGUGCAUAAUUGUUUGUAC